CGGCCAUCUUUGUUUCCCUGCCUUGUAGUGUAAAAUAUUCCAAAACGCCCCCCACUUUUCUGUGCAUGUGUGCCGAUUUGAAUAUUAAUAUCCAUAUCAUAAUUCGCAAAGAAUCCACUUUUUGAUCUUGACACCGGGGUCGCUGACAGGAUUAUCAUGUCCUCUCCUCUCCGUUCUUGUGAGGAAGACGAGGGCAUGGUGGUUAAUUCCGAGGGAGGAGAUUUUGAUGAAGAAGAAGAGGACGAUGGGGAGCUGGACGAGAACGCAAGCGACAUAAACUCUCCGGCGGCACCUCGAGAAACUGCAGCGCCCGCCGCGCCAGAUGAUGGCGAGGAUGGAGUGGAGGUGUCAGACAUAGACAGCCUGGGAAAAAAGAAGAGAGGUCCGAAGAAAAAGAAGGACACUAAGAAAAAAGACAAAGAUGGAAAAAUCACCAAGCCACGCAAACGCAAAAAAAUUGACAGCGAUGUAGAGAGAGACUCAGAACAGGACUAUGGCAUUAACUCAGACAGUGCUGCCAGUGAUUAUGGAGAGAAAAAGAAGAAAAAGAAGCAUAAAGACAAGAAAGAAAAAAAGACCAAGAAAAAGAAGAAAGAUGAUGAAGUUAGUACACAUGAGGAAACCACAAAACCUAUAGAAAUGAAAACAUCUGCUCAGCUGGCGAAAGACUGGGGACUGGAGGAUGUGGAUCAUACCUUCACAGAGGAGGACUACCGCACGCUGACCAAUUACAAGGCCUUCAGCCAAUUUCUAAGGCCUAUGAUAGCGAAGAAGAACCCUAAGAUCCCGAUGUCUAAGAUGAUGACUAUCCUGGGUGCAAAGUGGAGAGAGUUUAGUUCCAAUAACCCCUUCAAAGGUUCAGCCGCUGCUGUCGCUGCUGCAGCGGCGGCUGCCGCAGCAGCCGUUGCCGAGCAGGUCUCAGCGGCAACUGCUUCUCCUGAGCCUCCUCCUCAGCCACCCCCAGUUCGCAAGGCCAAGACCAAAGAAGGCAAAGGCCCGGGCUAUAAGAAGCGCAGUAAGAGUCUUCGAGCUGCUGAUAAGAAGAAGCCCAAACCUAAAAAGAUGGCCCCUAUCCGAAUCAAACUGGGAUCUCUUGGAAACAAGUGCAAGAAGAGCAGCUCGAGUGAAGAUGUGGAUGAUGAUGAUUCUGAGCAAGAGAGCUCAAGUGUUCACAGUUCCUCUGUACGCUCAGACAGCUCUGGUCGGGUCAAGAAGAACAAGAGAGGCCGUCCAGCCAAGAAAAAGAAGAAAGUGGUGGGAGAUGAUGAGGUUGAUGGCUAUGAAACAGAUCAUCAGGACUACUGUGAAGUGUGCCAGCAGGGAGGGGAAAUCAUCCUGUGUGACACAUGCCCCAGAGCUUACCACCUUGUGUGUUUGGAGCCUGAACUGGAAAAAGCUCCUGAGGGCAAGUGGAGCUGUCCACACUGCGAGAAAGAAGGGAUACAGUGGGAGGCAAAAGAAGAGGACUUUGAAGACUUUGAGGAAGAGUGUGAUGAUGGAGUGGUGCCGGACACAGCACCAGGAGGAGAGGACGAGGAGGACGAUCAUAUGGAGUUCUGCAGAGUGUGUAAAGACGGAGGAGAGCUGCUUUGUUGUGACUCCUGUCCAUCCUCUUAUCACAUACACUGCCUCAACCCUCCUCUGCCUGAAAUACCUAACGGAGAGUGGCUCUGUCCUAGAUGCACAUGUCCGACCAUUAAAGGGCGAGUUCAGAAGAUACUACACUGGCGAUGGGGCGAGCCUCCACCCCCUGUUCCUGUGCCUCCUCCUCCAGAGCCUGAUGCUCCACCCCCUCCCCCGAUGAAAGGACGCCCAGAGAGGGAGUUUUUCGUAAAGCUGGCGGGACAGUCCUACUGGCAUUGUACAUGGAUCACUGAACUGCAGCUGGAAAUCUUUCACUCCGUGAUGUUCCGGAACUACCAGCGAAAGACGGACAUGGACGAGCCUCCCAGUUUGGACUAUGGCUCUGGAGGAGAGGAGGAUUGUGGAAAGAGUGAGAAACGACGGGCUAAGGAUCCUCAGUAUGCUAUUUUAGAGGAGAAGUACUACCGAUAUGGGAUCAAGCCAGAAUGGAUGAUGGUGCACAGAAUAAUCAACCACAGUGUGGAUAAAAAGGGGAACUACCACUACCUGGUAAAGUGGAGAGAUUUAACAUAUGAUCAGUGUACAUGGGAGAGGGACGACUUGGACAUCCCAGAGUUCGGCAUCCAUAAGGCAGCUUACUGGAGACACAGGGAGGAGGUGAUGAAGGAGGACCCUGACAAGCCAAGGAAGAUGAGGAGAAAAGAGAAGAGUGGUGAUGCUCCUGGUACCCCUGUUAAUGAUCCCACGAUAAAGUAUGAGGAGCAGCCUGACUUUGUGACAGUGACUGGAGGAACUCUGCAUCUUUACCAGCUGGAGGGUCUCAACUGGCUGCGUUUCUCCUGGGCUCAGGGAACUGACACUAUUCUGGCUGAUGAGAUGGGCCUGGGCAAAACCAUCCAGACUAUAGUUUUUCUCUACUCACUCUUCAAAGAGGGCCACACUAAGGGGCCAUUUCUUGUGAGCGCUCCUCUGUCCACCAUCAUCAACUGGGAGAGGGAGUUUGACAUGUGGGCUCCAGAUUUCUAUGUGGUCACUUAUACGGGAGACAAAGACAGUAGAGCCAUCAUCCGUGAGAAUGAGUUCUCCUUUGACGACACUGCCAUUAAAGGAGGGAAGAAAGCCUUCAAACUGCGGAGAGAAGCUCCUAUUAAGUUCCACGUCUUGUUGACCUCUUAUGAGCUGGUGACUAUUGACCAGACGGCCUUGAAGUCCAUUGACUGGGCCUGUCUAGUGGUGGAUGAAGCUCACCGUUUGAAAAAUAACCAGUCCAAGUUUUUCAGGCGACUGAAUGACUAUAAGAUUGACCAUAAGCUGCUGCUAACAGGCACACCCCUUCAGAACAACCUAGAAGAACUCUUCCACCUGCUUAAUUUCCUAACCCCUAACCGCUUCAAUAAUUUGGAGGGCUUUUUGGAGGAGUUUGCGGAUAUCUCCAAAGAGGACCAGAUCAAGAAGCUGCAUGAUCUUCUGGGUCCUCACAUGUUGAGACGGCUCAAGGCGGACGUGUUCAAAAACAUGCCGGCUAAAACAGAGCUCAUUGUGCGUGUGGAGCUUAGCCCUAUGCAAAAAAAAUACUACAAAUUCAUCCUAACACGGAACUUUGAGGCGCUGAACUCGAAGGGAGGAGGGAAUCAGGUUUCACUGCUUAACAUCAUGAUGGACCUAAAGAAGUGCUGCAACCACCCCUAUCUAUUUCCUGUUGCAGCCAUGGAGGCUCCUAAGACAUCAAGUGGGGGAUAUGAGGGGGCCAGCCUCACCAAAUCUUCUGGGAAACUAAUGCUGCUGCAGAAGAUGCUGAGAAAGCUGAAAGAGAAAGGCCACCGUGUGCUUGUUUUCUCUCAGAUGACUAAAAUGCUGGAUUUGCUGGAGGAUUUUCUAGACUCUGAGGGUUAUAAAUAUGAGCGUAUUGAUGGAGGAGUCACUGGAGCUCUGAGACAAGAAGCCAUCGACAGAUUUAAUGCACCAGGAGCAGUUCAGUUCUGUUUCCUUCUUUCUACAAGGGCUGGAGGUUUGGGCAUCAAUCUGGCAACUGCAGACACUGUUAUUAUCUUUGACUCUGACUGGAAUCCUCAUAAUGACAUUCAGGCGUUCAGUCGGGCCCACAGAAUUGGCCAGGCCAAAAAGGUGAUGAUCUAUAGGUUUGUGACCCGUGCCUCUGUAGAGGAACGCAUUACCCAGGUGGCCAAGCGCAAAAUGAUGCUGACUCAUCUGGUGGUGCGUCCGGGUCUUGGCUCCAAAGCUGGCUCCAUGUCCAAGCAGGAACUGGAUGACAUCCUCAAGUUUGGCACUGAGAAGCUGUUUAAGGACGAGACUGAGGCGGGUGACAAUAAGGAUGAGGACGGCAGUGUAAUCCACUACGACAAUGCUGCUAUUGAACGCCUGUUGGAUCGAAGUCAGGAUGCCACGGAUGACACAGACAUGCAAAACAUGAACGAAUACCUCAGCUCCUUCAAAGUAGCCCAGUACGCUGUUCGAGAGGAUGACAAAAUUGAGGAGAUUGAGAGAGAGAUCAUUAAGCAGGAGGAAAAUGUGAACCCAGACUACUGGGAGAAGCUGCUUCGUCACCAUUACGAGCAGCAACAGGAAGAUCUGGCCCGUAACCUGGGCAAGGGCAAAAGAGUCCGUAAACAGGUCAACUACAACGACGCUGCUCAAGAGGACCAAGAGUGGCAUGCUGAUAUUUCAGAUAAUCAGUCUGAAUACUCGGUGGGCUCUGAGGAAGAGGAUGAGGACUUUGACGAGAGGCCAGAAGGUCGGAGGCAGUCACGGAGGCAGAUCAGAAAUGAAAAGGACAAGCCAUUGCCUCCCCUGUUGGCCAGAGUGGGAGGCAAUCUUGAGGUAUUGGGCUUUAACACCCGUCAAAGAAAGGCAUUCCUGAAUGCGGUGAUGAGAUGGGGGAUGCCUUCUCAGGAUGCUUUCUCCUGUCAGUGGCUGGUACGAGACCUUCGUGGCAAGAGUGAGAAAGAGUUCAAGGCGUAUGUUUCACUUUUCAUGAGGCACUUGUGUGAGCCAGUAGCAGAUGGUUCAGAGACGUUUGCUGAUGGUGUGCCAAGAGAGGGUCUUUGUAGGCAACCUGUGCUGACACGCAUCGGAGUCAUGAGCCUGGUGAAAAAAAAGGUUCAGGAAUUCGAACACAUUAAUGGGAAGUGGAGUAUGCCAGAAUUGAAGCCUGAGACAACUGGGGACUCCAAGAAGUCUUCAAGAGCUUCAUCGCCCGCCAUUAAAACAGCUACACCCACUCCUGAGCAAAGCUGCAACAAUACACCUUGUACCUCCAAACCAGCCACACCUUCUCCACCUGAAAAACCAGAAAAGAGUGGAAAGGAGGGUGAGAAUAAAGAGAGCGAGAGCCAGACUGAAACAGAGAUAGAGAGGGGGAGAGAUGGAAAGGAAGGAGAAAGUACAGACAGUACUUUUAAAGAGCCUGUUUCAACUUUAAAGGAGAAUGAGAAAUCUUCACCCAUUGAAAAGUCUGAAUCAUCUGAAGGGUCCACAGCAGCAGGACCAGGAGACUCCAAAUCAAAAGCAGCUCCAGACACCUUGCCAGGUUCACCUAAACAAAAUUGUGAAAAGGAGAAAGGUGGAGAGGAGGAGAUCCCCCAAAAAGAGGCUGGUAGUGAAAAAUUGAAGGAGGAACAGUCUUCAGAUCUUCCAGCAGUUAAAGACGAGAAUCAAGCAGCAGAGAAAGCAGAGCAGAGUGAGAGGGAGGAAACAGGAGAAAAACUCGGGGACAAGAAAGAGAAAAGUGAGGAGAAGCCUACAGAAUUACCAGAAAAGAAGGAAAAGACAGACGGCCAAGUGGUGGAUAUUAAAAAUGAGGAGGGAAAGGUGGAAAAGGAUGCAGGCAGAGAGAUCAAAGGACAAAAGGAAGAGAUGGUCAAGGGGAAUAGCAAACCAACCGAGCGUCCACGGUUUAUGUUCAACAUUGCAGAUGGAGGGUUCACAGAGCUGCACACUCUUUGGCAGAACGAGGAGCGAGCAGCAAUCUCGUCUGGCAAGAUGAAUGAGAUUUGGCAUCGGCGGCAUGACUUUUGGCUGCUGACUGGUAUUGUACUUCAUGGCUAUGCUAGAUGGCAGGACAUUCAAAAUGACCCUCAGUUUGCAAUAGUCAACGAGCCGUUUAAGUCUCAGGCUAACAAAGGUAACUUUCUGGAGAUGAAGAACAAGUUCUUGGCCAGGAGGUUUAAGUUGCUGGAGCAGGCGUUGGUGAUUGAGGAACAGUUGCGCAGGGCAGCAUAUCUUAACAUGACACAAGACCCUACACACCCGGCCAUGGCCCUGAAUGCACGCUUUGCUGAGGUGGAGUGCCUGGCAGAGUCACACCAGCACCUCAGCAAAGAGUCGCUUGCAGGCAAUAAACCUGCUAAUGCUGUCCUACACAAGGUUCUAAACCAACUAGAGGAGCUGCUCAGUGACAUGAAGGCUGAUGUGACGCGGCUUCCUGCUACUCUCUCCAGAGUUCCACCCAUUGCAGCACGUCUACAGAUGUCCGAAAGGAGCAUCCUCAGCAGGCUGGCAAACAAAGGCACUGAGACACACACACCACCGCCCAUCCCUCCAGGACCGUAUGCUACUCCACAGAACUAUGGCCCUCCAUUCACUCCAGCGCCGCCGGCUAUGGCUCUGGCUACAGCCAACUAUAGCCAGAUGCCUCCAGGCUCAUUCAUAUCAGAAGCCCCUCUCGGCCUGAAGACCAAGGAGCAUGACGUCCUACAGCGCCAGCGUGUGGUGGACCUGUGGAAGGACGGCAGGUCGGAAGGGUCGAUCGGGCAGGAGCUGCGCAUGCCAAAAUCCACCGUGCACAGCAUCAUCGUCAAAUACCGCCUCAGCAACACGGUGGAGAACCUACCUCGCAAUGGCCGACCUAAGAAACCCUGAUUGAGUGGAAUCACGGACAAAACACAAGUAGAAGAAUGCAGCAGAGAAAGACACACACAGGAGAGAACAAAGGAAAGAUGGG